AAAUGUAAGUUAGGUGUAGCGGUUGGAGGAGUAGGCAGAGAAGAAAAUCAAGAAAGAAUCCAACAAUAAAAGGCACUUGCUUCAAGUCUCAGAACCGACCCACCCCACAUCUUGUUAUCUCCACCAGAACCAAAAAAUGGAUGCCAAUCUCCGAUCUUGUGAAAACCCUGAAACCAAAUCGACUGAAGAACAGACCCAAACUCAAAACCAAAACCAACUGGAGAUUUUCCCUUCUCAAUCCCCAUUUGCUACUGCUUCUCUUUCCUUAGCCUCCUUGCCCACUACUCUACCCACCCAUUUCUUCAUUCAACCCAAAAUCCGAUCUUUAUUUUCUUCUCAAUCACCCAAUGAAAUUAAAGUUCCAACCCAAGCUUACGCUCUGUCCCAUCUCUCUCUUUCUUCAACUUCCCCUUCCCCUUCCAAAAUCUCCUUCAAAUCCACCAUUUCCAACAACCCUCUCCAAUCCCCUCUCUCUUUAGGUCCGCGCCGCCCUCUCGACCCUUCUAAUGGUGCCGCAAUUCGUCGAGCUUCCAUCGUUUGGUUUCGCAACGAUUUACGAGUCCACGACAACGAGUGUCUCAACACGGCCAACAACGAGUCCUUGUCGGUUUUGCCAGUAUACUGUUUUGACCCUCGAGAUUACGGUAAAUCCUUAUCUGGGUUCGAUAAAACGGGUCCUUACAGAGCCACAUUCUUGAUUGAAUCGGUUUCGGAUCUCCGAAAGAAUCUGCAAGGACGAGGGUCGGAUCUUGUGGUCCGAAUUGGGAAGCCGGAGAGUGUUUUAGUUGAGUUAGCUAAAGCUAUCGGGGCUGAUGCUAUUUAUGCUCAUAGAGAAGUUUCUCAUGAUGAGGUUAAGGCUGAGGAAAAGAUUGAGGCGGCCAUGAAAGAAGAGGGUGUUGAAGUUAAGUACUUUUGGGGAAGUACUUUGUUCCAUGUUGAUGAUUUACCGUUUAAGUUGGAAGAUAUGCCUUCGAAUUAUGGUGGAUUUAGGGAGAAAGUUAAGGGUUUAGAGAUAAGGAAGACGAUUGAAGCAUUGGACCAAAUGAAAGGUAUGCCUUCGAGAGGUGAUGUGGAGACUGGAGAUAUUCCUUCAUUGAUGGAUCUGGGUCAUAACCCUAGUGCCACAAUGGCUCAGGAUGGUAGGCCAUCUGUUAGUGCUUCUAUGGUUGGAGGGGAGAAUGAAGCAUUGCAGAGGCUUAAAAAGAUUGCAGCUGAGUGUCAAGCACAGCCACACAAGGGGAGCAAGGAUGGUAGCCAGGAUAGCAUAUAUGGUGCCAACUUUUCUUGCAAAAUUUCUCCGUGGCUAGUAAUGGGAUGCCUAUCUCCCCGCUCCAUAUUUGAUGAACUAAAGAAAACUACAAAUAGGACCAUUUCUGCUACCUCAAAGAAAAAUGAUGGCAAUAGUAGCUCACCUGAUACCGGAAUGAACUGGUUGAUGUUUGAGUUGUUGUGGAGGGAUUUCUUCAGAUUCAUCACCAAGAAUUGCAGUUCUGCAAAGGUUGGAACUGCUCCUGCCACAGCUUGUACAGGUGCCGUUGCUUAAGCAAAGAAUUUGUACCGGUGUUAAGGAGGAUAGUUGUUUUGGGGGUGACAGUUGGUCUCAGUUCUUGAUGGAUUUUCAUUGUGUCUGUUAUAUGGUGGAAUAGGUUUCUCAAAAGGCAGCUCUUAUUGAACUCUUGUUCUUUUCGCCUAACAAAAUGCUUUAACAUGGGAAAUUUGUCUUAAAUUUUUUCAAGCGUUAAAACCAUUGUGGCCGUUUG